GAAUAUGGCGCGGCGCGCGGAGCGGCUCGUCCCGCGCCCGUUUUACUUCCUCGUGCUGCUGCUGCUGCUCUGUGUGGAGUUCAUCACCGGAACCGCAGCGGCGGGUGGAGCGGCGGGAUCCAAGCCCGGCGGGGAGAGGGACUCCGGGGUGGCAUGUGAGGUGAAAACGGUGACGGUCUCCACGCUGCCGGUGCUGCGGGAAAGUGAGCUGAGCGUGGGCUCGGGCAGCGCGGGAACGGGCGCGGCGGACUCACGGCUAUUGCUGUUCGUGCGGAGCGACGUUCCCGGAGCCGUGUCGGUACUGGAUGAUCUGGAGAACACAGCGCUGCCCUACUUUACGCUCGAAAUGUCAGGGACCGGGGCGGAUAUCUCCCAGGUUCACUGGAAGCAGCAGUGGUUGGAAAACGGGACGCUUUUCUUCCACGUGUCCAUGAGCAGUUCGGAGCAGCUGUCCCAGGCGACGCAGCCCACGGUUCGAGAGCCGUCGCAGGGCCUGCACGAGCACGUGCACCUGCUCCACAUCUCCGUCAUGGGUGGCCUGAUUGCCCUUCUCCUCCUCAUCCUCCUCUUCACCCUGGUCCUGUACACCCGCCAGCGCUGGUGCAGGCGCCGCCGGGCCCCGCAGAAGAGCGCCAGCACCGAGGCCACCCACGAGAUCCAUUACAUCCCCUCGGUUCUGCUGGGACCGCCGCAGUCCAGGGACGGCUUCCGGACGCCCCGGUCCCACCAGCACGGCUCGGUCAUCGGCAUGGCCAUCCGGGAGACGCCCAUACUGGACGACUGCGACUGCGAGGACGACGAGCAGCCCGGACAGCAGCUGGAUGGGAAGGUGAUGCUGGACGACGAUUUCUGCAGCCAGGGGACGCGGAGCAUGGACAGUCUGGGGAAAGUGGGAUGCGACGCCAACCACAAACACAGCCUGGAUAACCGAGUUCUGGAGCAGAAGCAGGAGUCGGUGGAGGCUUUAGUCCAGAGGAUUAAAGACAGUUUCCGCUCCAACUCCCCCAUGGAGAUCACACACUUCCAAAACGCCACACACAGCUCGUCCACCAGCCGAAAACGAGGACCCGCCGUACACAACAGAGGCGGAGUGUUCGGACAUCAGGAGUCGUCCAGCUCAGACGUGGAUGAUGAAAGUCAGCUGAAAUUUUACACGGAGCACCGCGUAGGCCGACGCCGUGGUAAAGGUUGCCCUCAGAGUCCCAUGAGCAAAGCUACGCUGACGCUGAUCACCGUGAGCACGUGUGUGUUAGCCGUGGUGUACGGUACACACACCGCCUGUCCGCUGACGGUCAAAGUCACGCUGCACGUACCUGAACACUUCGUCGCUGAUGGAAGUAGUUUUGUGGUCAGCGUGGGCAGUUAUCUGGACGUAUCGAACUGGUUGAACCCAGCUAAGCUGACGCUGUAUUACCAGUCCAAUGCAUCGUCGCAGUGGGUGCGAGAUUACUGCGGCCAGAGAACCACCGAGCCAUGUGAACAGCUCUGUGAUCAGGAUACAGGAGAAUGCAGCUGCCUGGAGGGCUACUCACCCGACCCCGAACACACACACCUCUGUGUUCGCACCGACUGGGCACGCAACGAAGGCCCCUGGCCGUACUCGAACCUGGAGCGCGGAUAUGACCUGGUGACGGGCGAGCAGGCUCCGGAGAAGAUCUUCAGGUCCUCCUACAGUUUGGGACAGGGGCUUUGGCUGCCUGUCAGCAAGAGUUUUGUGGUGCCGCCGGUCGAGCUGUCCAUCACCCCCAUCGCCAGCUGUAAGACAGAUGUUCUGGUCACCGAGGACCCCGGAGACAUUCGUGAGGAGGCCAUGCUGUCCACCUACUUCGAGACUGUAGAUGAUCUGCUGUCCUCGUUCGGUCCGGUCAGAGACUGCUCCAGGGACAACGGAGGCUGCAGGAAGAACUUCAAGUGUGUCUCUGACAGACGACUCGAUUCCACCGGCUGCAUGUGCCCCGAAGGUUUGCGGCCGAUGAAGGAUGGAUCGGGUUGCUAUGACUACUCUCUGGGUACAGACUGUACGGACGGCUUUAACGGCGGCUGCGAGCAGUUGUGCCUUCAGCAGCUCGUGUCCAUGCCGGACGACCCCGCGUCCAGCAACGUGCUCAUGUUCUGCGGCUGUGUACAGGAAUACAAGCUGGCAGCAGACGGCCGCUCCUGCCUUCUCCUGGCCGACAACUGUGAAGGACCCAAGUGCCCGAGGCGGGACGCUCGCUACAACGAAACCCUCUUCAGCGAAAUGCUGCACGGCUACAACAACAAAACCCAGGAGCUCAACCUGGGCCAAGUGUUCCAGAUGACUUUCAGGGACAAUAACUUCAUUAAAGACUUUCCUCAGCUGGCUGAUGGACUGAUGGUGAUUCCUCUCCCGGUGGAGGAGCAGUGCAGAGGAGUUCUGUCAGAACCGUUACCCAACCUGCAGCUACUCACCGGUGAUGCCCAGUUCAACGAGGGGAUGGGAUAUCCCAUGGUGCAACAGUGGCAAGUCCGCAGCAACCUCUACAAGGUCAAACUCAGCGCCAUAACCCUGUCUGCAGGUUUCUCGAAGGUGCUGAAAUCCCUGACGGUGGACAGUACCAGAGACGAGCUCCUCUCCUUUAUCCAGCAGUACGGCAGCCAUUACAUCUCUGAAGCUCUGUACGGCUCUGAACUCACCUGCAACAUCUACUUCCCCAGCAAGAAAACCCAGCAGCAGCUCUGGCUCCAGUACCAGAAAGAGGUGACGGAGCAAGUGGGCCGCCGGGACCUGAAAGCCGUACCCUUCAUCACUUACCUGUCCGACCUGAUGAAGACUCAGCUGCUCUCCGAUGACCUGGUGGCCAAAGUGGAGAUCCGGUGCCAGGAAAAGGGCGUCUGCCCUGCGGCGUGCCACCUGUGCAGACAGGCGGGCCGGGAGAGUCCGAGCCCGAUACCCGCACUGCUCGAGGUGACCCGGUCAGUUCCACUGUACAGUCUGGUACAGGAUAACGUCACCAAAGAGGCCCUGAAGAGUGCAGCCAUGAGCUCAUACUGGUGCGCGGGUAAAGGUGAUGUCAUCGACAACUGGUGCCGCUGCGACCUGAACGCCUUCGGAAAAGACGGCCUGCCCAACUGCAGCCCCCUGCGCCAGCCCACAUUGAGGUUGUCUCCACAUUUGGAGCCGUCCAGCACGGUGGUGGCUCUGGAGUGGGUGGACGUGGAGCCUCUGAUUGGCUACAGAGUGGCUGAUUACAUCAUCCAACACAAGCGGAUCGAAGAUCCAUCCGAGGCGGAGAUCUACACAGGAGAGGUGUUGAGUUUAGUGGACGACCUGUUUUCGGGACUGGGUUCUACCUGCGUGGUGCCAGGAAGGAGGGUCGGGGAACGUCCUCACUCCGUCAUCUACUCCCUCAUCUUCAAGUGCCUGGAAUCAGACAGCCUGUACAAGUUCACUCUGUACGCCGUGGACAGCCGCGGCAGCCGCUCAGAGUCCAGCUACGUGACGGUUCGCACUUCCUGCCCCAUGGUAGACGACAGCCGGGCAGAAGAGCUAGCGGAUAAGGUGUACAACCUGUACAACGGCUACACCAGCGGCAAGGAGCAGCAGACAGCCUACAACAUGCUGAUGGAGGUCUCUCCACCCAUGCUGUACCGGGUCCAGCACCACUACAACUCCCAUUACGAGAAGUUCGGGGACUUCGUGUGGAGGAGCGAGGACGAGCUGGGACCCAGGAAAGCUCACCUGAUCCUGAGGCGGGUGGACAGGAUCAGCGCCCUGUGCCGCUCUCUCCUCCGGAGCGGCUACAUCCAGAGCCGGUCGGAAUCCGUGCCCUACGUCAUGUGCCGCAGCGACGACGUGCGAUUGGCCGGCGGCACGUGGCACAGUUCGCUCCACGAGACCCGGCUAACCUGCGUGGAGAAGAUCCUCUCGGUCCAGCGCAACAUCUACGGGAAGUCCAAACUCCGAUGAGAUGGAACUCAUGCCCUCUGGGUUAACUCUGCUUUUCUAAACCUGGAUGAAACGCAAGACUGUUCAGCUCAGCGUGUGUGUGUGUGUGCGUGUGUGUGUGUGGGAACUGGACACUUUUGGGGCUUCAGACUUUUUUCCAGCCAGGAGGAGACAAAACUUCUCAUUUUUACUUUUGUAGGGACAGGAUCUGAGCGCCCUCCUUGGAACCGAAUGUACGGUGCCCGGUCUGCGGUGCCUCCGCAUACCCUAAAUACCAGGAGGAUGACGAAACACGGAGCGGGCACCUAUCAGACUUAUCUAUAACACAUCUGGAGAUCGAGCAGGACACAAGACGCGAUGUUGAAACAACUUUCGAGGUCUUCGAGGCUCGCGAAUGCAAGACCAGCGCCUGAAAUGUAUUAUCUCCGAAAUGAAGCGGACUUUGAAGUCGGUUCUCUCCGUCCACCGUGAUUCUGUUCUGAUAAACAAGGGCGAGGUUUCGCCAUCGUGUUGACACACGGGGCUUGUUUAUGCCCGGGCCUGGGUGGGUAAAACGGCAAAGAAUUUAAGCCAUGAUACAUUUUUAGAAUACGCUACAUGGCCAAAAGUAUUCUGACACCUGAUCGUAAGCUUGUCGGACGUCCCAUUUCAAAGACAAAUGCUAUUCAAAUAGAGCGACUUUUAUGUCAUAUCAUCUUUUCAGCUAUAACAACAACUUACCUGUAUGUCUGUGGGAAUUUGUGCCCUUUCAGUCAUCAAGCGCUGAUGAAUACAAGGGUCACAGACAUUUACACCGACCAGGCAUAACAUUAUGACAGCUGAAAGUUCACGUGUUAGAAGCAGGAAAAAUGGGCGAGCGUGAGGAUCUGAGCGAGUUUGACGAGGGCCAGAUUAUGAUGGCUAGACGACUGGGUCAGAGCAUCUCCAAAACUGCAGCUCUUGUGGGGUGUUCCUGGUCUGCAGUGGUCAGUAUCUAUUAAACAGUGGUAAACCGGCGACAGGGUCAUGGGCGACCAAGGCUCAUUGAUGCACAUGGGGGGGGAAGCCUGGCCCGUGUGGUCCGAUCCAACAGACGAGCUACUGUAGCUCAGAUAGCUGAAGAAGUUCAUGCUGGUUCUGAUAGUAAGGUGUUUAGAAUACACAGUGCAGUGCAGUUUGUUGCGUAUGGGGCUGCAUAGCCGCAGACCAGUCAGGGUGCCCAUGCUGACCCCUGUCCACCGCCGAAAGCGCCAACAAUGGGAACCUGAGCAAUGGAAGAAGGUGGGCUGGUCUGAUGAAUCACGUUUUCUUUUACAUCACGUGGGUGGCCAGGUGCGUGGGCAUCGCUUACCUGGGGAACACACGGCACCAGGAUGCACUAUGAGAAGAAGGCAAGCUGGUGGAGGCAGUGUGAUGCUUUGGGAAACCUUGGGUCCUGCCAUCCAUGUGGAUGUUAUUUUGACAUGUACCACCUACCUGCAAUGUUGCAGACCAUGUUCACCCUUUCAUGGAGAUGGUUUGAGGAGCACAACUACAAGUUUGAGGUGUUGAUGUGGCCUCCAAAUUCCCCAGAUCUCAAUCCGAUCGAGCAUCUGUGGGACGUGCUGGACAAACAAGUCCGAUCCAUGGAGGCCUCACGUCACAACUUACAGGAGUUAAAGGAUCUGCUGCUGACAUCUUGGUGCCAGAUACCACAGCAGCACACCUUCAGGGGUCUAGUGGAGUCCAUGCCUCGACGGGUCAGGGCUGUUUUGGCAGCGAAAGGCGGACCAACACAAUAUUAGGAAGGUGGUCAUAAUGUUAUGCCUAAAUGAAUAUAUUUAUAAUGCAUAUUUUACACAGUUAGCCCUUAUGACAGCACGCUGGGUUCGAAGGAAGCACGUGCUAGCCAUCUCCAUUCCAAAUUGGUAGCUGUAAUGUGGUGUAACAGUUGAGGCUCGGUUUUGGGGUCAAAGCUGGAAGAAAAGAGAAAAAAUGAAUAUGAAAGAUAAUAAUGUUAAGGUAUUUUUAUAUCAUUUCUGUUUUCGGGUCUCGUUUCCCCCGGAUCUGUUUUAUUUAUAAUUAUUGGCUUUUUAAAUGAAAUAAUAAUGAAUAUAAAAUCUUUCCCAUUAGCUAGUGAGCUAGAGUGAGUAGGGACGGACGUUGUGGUCGUACAGUAUAACUAUUUUAUAUCCGGGCCGAGGACGUAUAUUUAAACAUAUCCACGUUUCUACAUGACAGGAUGAACCGAAAGGUAAAACGUAGCCUCGACACGACAUUAUUAUUAAUAAUUAAUAUUGUUUAAGACCUUUUCUUUUGACCUAAUAUGAAUUGUGGUAGUAAAUUAUACUCCUGUAAAUACAAUUGUAAAUACACCAUGUACCACGUCAAUAUGAUUGUCUUUUUUUGAGGAGAAAAGAUCUAUUAAAUAUCUCUACUUAAA